AGCUACUGAUUGGCUAGGGAGGAUAAAAAUCUUUGUAGAAAUUCAAGUAACUUGAUUAACUCAAUGGCCGGCACAGGUAUCAUUGGACAAAACAACAUCUUCUUUUUAACAUUUGUCUUCGGUUGAGAGUUUGGAGAUGAAAAUUGAUAUCCACAGUCAUAUUUUGCCUAAAGAAUUGCCUGACCUGAAAAAGAGAUAUGGCUACGGAGGAUGGGUGCAGCUCCAUCACGACAGCAAGGGAAGAGCCAAAAUGAUGAAAGAUGGAAAGCUCUUCCGAAUUGUCCAAGAAAACUGCUGGGAUCCAAUAGUUCGUAUUAGAGAAAUGGAUCAAACAGGAGUAACUGUCCAAGCCCUUUCUACAGUCCCUGUUAUGUUUAGCUACUGGGCCAAACCUCAAGAUACCUUAGACCUGUGCCAAAUUUUAAAUAACGACUUAGCUGCAACUGUUGCAAAGUACCCAAAGAGGUUUGUUGGCUUGGGAACAUUGCCAAUGCAGGCUCCAGACCUGGCAGCGAAAGAGAUGCACCGAUGUGUGAAGGAGCUGGGUUUUCCUGGGAUACAGAUUGGAUCCCACAUCAAUGACUGGGACCUGAACUCUAAGGAGCUCUUCCCUGUCUAUGCUGCUGCAGAACAGCUGAACUGCUCCUUGUUUGUACACCCCUGGGACAUGCAGACAGAUGGACGGAUGGCCAAGUACUGGCUUCCCUGGCUAGUGGGCAUGCCAGCAGAAACCACCACAGCCAUUUGUUCCAUGAUUAUGGGAGGAGUCUUUAAGAAGUUUCCUAACCUUAAAGUGUGUUUCGCACAUGGAGGUGGUGCUUUUCCAUUCACAGUGGGGAGAAUAUCUCAUGGAUUCAAUGUGCGUCCUGAUUUGUGUGCCCAAGACAACUCAACCGACCCAAAGAAAUACCUGGGUUCUUUUUAUACGGACUCCCUGGUUCAUGAUCCUCUGGCUCUGAAGCUGCUGACAGAUGUUAUAGGAAAGAUAUGGACAAUGGAGGCAUCCUUGAACUCCUGGGAGAUAACCUCCUCUUGCCAUAUAACCCAGAUUUCAAUCAGCUUUUAUAUGAUCAACAGAAGCUCUGCCUUGUAAAACUCAAUUGGAAUAGAAUCAGCACCAGGCAGCAUGCCACAUAAGAGGAGCCUAAUAGCAUUCAAAACCUCUUCUUCAGCUGGAAGUCUGGCUAGAAAUUGACUUCAGCCUGAAGUAUAUGGUCAAUGGUUAAUGAUGGUCUUUUGAGAGCACUAUGGAAGCAUUGAGUCCAGCUGUCUAGGAUCACAUCCUUAUCAGUAAUCAAUGUGGCUUCAUCAGCACUGAGUAGUUGAGAUGCACCAUAGGUCUU